AUGUCUUGCUGCCGAGCGGAGGUGAAUGAGCCAGUAACUCCCAGCUCCGCCUCAUCAUUGGAGUCUGACGACCAAAUCGCGCCGAAGCAGAAGGGUAACGAACCCCAAAUCGAAGACUAUAGCAUCAUCGCCCCCGGAUUCUCCAUCAAGGGCUCCGUCGCGCAGUUCGACGCUGUGGAACAAAAUAAGAGCUCCGUGAGUGGACGCUUUUCUAUUCCCGUCUCAUGGCAUAAUUUGUCAUAUUCGGCAAACGGCACGAAAAUUCUUUGCGGCCUCACAGGAACAGCGUUACCAUCACGAUGCCUUGCUGUGAUGGGAUCCAGCGGUGCGGGCAAGACGACUUUUCUCAAUGCUAUCUCUGACCGACUUACAACCUCGCGUACCCUCAAGCUGACAGGGAAACGCCAGCUGGGGGACUUGGAGUACAAGCGUCAUUACCGCAGGAUGGUUGGUUUUGUGGCGCAAGACGACAUUCUCUCCCCACGGGCAACACCCGAAGAUUCCCUUCGCUUUUCGCUGCGCGUGAGGCGUGGCACAAGCAUAAGUGAAACGAAUAAAUUUGUUGAGGAAACUUUGGAGGAAUUACGCCUUGUCCACUGCCGCGAGACCAUUGUUGGUAUCCCUGGCCUUGUCUCUGGUCUUUCGGGUGGUGAACGCAAACGCACAAGUAUUGGUGUGGAGCUCAUUUGCGAUCCUAAAAUUCUGUUGCUGGAUGAACCCACCUCUGGUCUGGACUCCGUGACAUCUGUGAAGAUUGUGCAUCUUCUGAAUAACAUUGCCCGAACUGGCCGCACGGUGAUUUACACCAUUCACCAGCCCACUGCUGAGACAUUGACGUACUUUGAUGAUCUCAUGCUUCUCACCGGGGGUCGAUGUGCUUAUCAUGGCACGAUGGCAAAAUCCGUGGAAUACUUUGAGUCCAUCGGAUUCCCUUGUCCUGAACGAUAUACGCCAAGCGAUUUCUUUAUGAAGUUGCUCCAAGAUCCAGAAAUUUCCAAGGUACUGGUUAAAAAAUGGAAGAGCUAUCUAAAACAUGGUGUGAGAACCCCACAUACAACCGCGGUUGAGCUAAAUCCCAAUCCCUCCGAGUCUCCCACCGCGAAAAAUAUUGAAAGCUACCUUGGUAGGUUUGGGAGCACCUCGUGUAUCCAAUUCCAGGAGCUUUUUCGUCGUUUUUCCAUGGAUCUCAGUCGGAAUCAUGUAUACAUUUUUUCACAUUUUAUACAGGCUGCCUUCUUUGCAGUGAUUGUGGGUCUCAUAUUUCUGAAUGUUAAAGAUGAUUUAGCUGGUAUGCAGGAUCGCGAGGGAGUUUUUUUCAUGGUAACGAUGAAUCGGGCUAUGGGGCAGACUUUUAUCAUGGUCAACUCCUUUAUGCAAGAUAAGGCCUUGUACGUGCGGGAGCAAAUGGUUGGCUCAUACUCCCCUUUUAUUUUCUUUUUAUCAAAAACCCUGGUGGAGUUUCCAAUGCGCGUAUUUUUUGCCUUUCUUGAGUGCUGUAUUUUAUACUGGAUGGUGGGUCUUUACCGCCAGGCAGGAGCUUUUUUUUACUACUUUGCGGUCAUCGCGCUGCUUACUGAAGUGGCCUCGGGUCUUGGGUUUGCCAUUGGUGCCACGUUUAAAAGUUUGGUCGUUGCUUCCGGUACCGCGCCUGUGAUUUUGCUACCGCUUGCCAUGGUCGGUGGUCUUUUGGCGAACACAGAUCGACUGCAUCCGUAUUGGUACUGGUUGGAGAAGCCAUCCUUUAUUCGUCAGGCCUAUAUUCUUCUUGCCCGCAAUGAAUUUAAGCAUAUCGACCACAUUCGGUGUGAUGGUAGAGGCAAACCACCGGGCUUCUGUAAAGAUAAGCCCCAAAACGGCGAGGAUAUCUUGCGCCAACUUGGGUUUCAGCAGAAGCAAUAUGAAAACUGGGUUUUGUGGCUAACUCUUGCCCUUUUAUAUAUUGCUUUCCGCGGUUGGGCCGUUAUUUCCUUGUACUCUGCCGCGCGUACAAAGUUUUAG